AUGCUGGGUCCCAUGCAGGACCACACUGGGUGUCCUGAGCUAAAACUCCCUCUUGGUCAACUUCUGCUCGACGUUCGAAAAUGUCUGGUCAUGGAGUUAUUCACUCAAUCUGCUGCUGACUUCAUUGACUUGCAGGACGGCUCGCCCAAAUACAGCCUUUGCAAUGAUAGUCAAGUUGAAGGUACCGCGUCUGAGCCUGGUUCUCACACCAGCAAGGGGAGUUGCACCGACGGACGGAUUGUCGUCUAUAGACAGCUAGUUGAAGAUACAGGGAAGCUGGUUGUUGCUGUUGCUGCUGUUCGCUUCCAGCUGUAUCGACCGUGGUUCAAAAGAAAACAGGUCGACGCACGCAAGGCCACUCACGCCAGGUAA